GUGUCCCACCUGUCAGGAGGUGAACAGUGCGAACCACCUACCUUAUGGUUUGCUCCACAGCCUCUUCCUAUCCCUGAGGAUCGUUGGCAGUCCAUCUCGAUGGACUUUAUCGGUCCUCUUCGACCUCCGACCCCCCGCGAUCAUGAUGCUAUCCUGGUCGUCGUCGACCGCUUCACGAAGCGUGCACGCUUUGUUCCGUGCCGCUAUGCCAUCAGUGCACGUGAGGUCGCCGACAUCGUAUUUGACCGAGUCGUGCGUGACCACGGCUUACCUCUGAGCAUCAUAUCUGACCGUGACCCGCGCUUUACCAGCCGAUUCUGGCGACGGCUCCACGAGGUGUACGACACUCAGCUCCGCUUCGCCUCGUCUUACCAUCCUCAGACUGAUGGUCAGACCGAGAUCACGAACAGGACGCUCGGGGAUAUUCUCCGAAAGAUUGUUCGUGACGACCAGCAGUGGGAUCUCCAUCUUGCCCACGCGGAGAUAGCCUACAACCACGACGUCUCGCCAGCCACGGGGAUGUCGCCUUACUAUUGCGACCUCGGCUGUCACCCGCGUGUUCCCGCGGACUUCCUUCGACCGUUCCAGAUGCACCCCAACACGAGUUGUCCCGCGCUGGAUGAUUGGGUUGCACACAUGACGUCGAUUAUGAAGACCGCACAUGAGCACAUAGCCGCUUCCCAGACUCGCAUGGCAGCACGUGCGAACCGAUCGAGGAUGGAUCACCCAUUCAAGGUCGGUGAUGAUGUGCUUAUCGACGUCCGCCACUUACAACUCGAAGCAGACACGCUUCGCAAGUUUCGGCGUCGCUUCUUUGGCCCAUGCCGCAUCCUCCAGGUCGUCGGUUCUUAUACGGCAUCUAGCCCGGUCAGCUUUCGUGUGAAGCUGCCCGACUACGUACGCCAGGCUCGUGUGCAUGAUGUCUACCACGUCUCGUUACUGCGUCCUUACCGCAGACCGUCUGAGCGUUUCGCUGGACGACCAUACGAGCGCCCUCCACCCAUCAUGGUGGACGACCACGAGGAGUUCCUCGUUUCAGACAUCAUUGGUCGCCGAGUCACCGACGACAACCCUCCCCACGUCGAGUAUCUCGUACGUUGGAAGGGUUACCUUGAUGAGGAGGCUACCUGGGAGCUUCUCGAGCACUUGCAGCACGCUCCCAUGUUGGUGCGUGCCUGUGACCGUGCUCGUCGUGCUGGGUUCACUGCUCCUCCUCAGCCCACUGACCCUCCUCCUUCUCCUCCGGCUGAGGAGACCGCUGAAGU